AUGCGGUCCCCGGGCUUGGCAUUCGCCUUCCUCGCCGUGCCGCUGGUGGUGCGCGCUGACUCGGAAGGUGCCUGGUGCUACGACUCCCAGAACCCAAAGUGUGGCCCCACCCACUGGAAGGAGAUGGCCCCAGCCUGUGGGGGCCCAGGCCAGUCCCCCAUCAACAUCAACCUUCACCGGGUCCAGCAGGACCCCACCCUUGGACCCUUCAUCUUCCAAGGCUACGACUCAGCACCUCCAGGCCUGUGGACCCUGGAGAAUGAUGGUCAUACAGUGCUCCGCACGGACACUUGCCCGCAGAUCCUGCUGGAGAUGCAGGGCGCCAGGCUGCCACCACCAGCCUACCGUGCCCUGCAGCUGCCCUACCACUGGCGGGGGCCCCGGAUGCACGUGGUCCAGAUGAACACCCGGUACCAGAGCAUAGGGGAAGCCCGAGUUCACCCUGAUGGUCUGGCAGUGCUGGCCGUGCUCUUGACAGAUCAGGACUCUGACAACGCCAACUUUUCGGCCGUGUCGGGCCUGAAGAACGUGUCUGCACGCGGGGCCUCCGUGAACCUGGCGUCCACCUUCCCGCUGGCCUCGCUGCUGCUGGGCGCCUCUGGCCUCUCGCGCUUCUACCGCUACGCGGGGUCGCUGACCUGCGGGCCCGUGGUGCUCUGGACGGUCUUCGAGGACACGGUCCCCAUCGGGCGCGCGCAGGUGGCCCAGUUCCGGAUCGUCGUGGCUCAGGCCGGGCCCCCCAGCUCCCGCCCCGCGCCGCUCACGGAGAACUUCCGGCCGCAGCAGCCUCUCGGCGUACGCAGGGUUGUAGCUUCCCCCAAGCGCCCCGCCCUCCCCUGCGCGGAGCCAGCCGGACUCCCCAGCUCCUUCCGAUACCAGAGCGCUAGCCGGCGGCGUCGGAGGACCCUUCUCGCUCCAAGCCACGCUCCACGAGCCACCUGGCCGGUCCCAGGUAGCAAAGCCCCGCGGCCGGUGACGGUGGCGCGCCAGGCCCUCGCCCCGGGCUAG